AUGAACAGUCAUAAUCAGACAAUUCCAUCCAAUCAAACCUCCCGUGAAGCAUCCCCUGAUUACGUACACGCAUCUCGCUACAAUAGUACACUGUUGGACAGUGCUUUACCAGUAUCUGGAAAUCCAAGUGUCAACUCGAGUGCAUUUUCAAGACAUGGAGGUCUGGAUCAAAGACACAAUAACUACAGAAAGGGUUGGUUUAUACUUGAUGUCCUGAAUCAGGUGGAUGACACUUUUGGUUAG